UUUGUACCAAGAUGGAGUCCUUCGUCGACAGUAAGCUGGUGACAGAUGAGCAUGAAUCGUUCAAGAUUCGCCUGAUAACGACUGAAGAAGAAAUGCAAAGGUUUGCAAUAGAACCAAUGGCGAAGGAAGGCUGGCGACCGGGCUUAAAGGACGCCGAAUUUUUUCUCGCUUGUGAUCCCACGGCAGCUUUCGUUGGUGAACUGAACGGGAAACCCAUAGCCAUUGUUAGAAUUUCAAAAUAUAGCGAUAGCUUUGCUUUCAUCGGAGCUUAUCUGGUGGACAAGGCAUAUAGAGGAAAGGGAUACGGUUUGAAGAUCUUCAAUGCCGCCGUUUCAAGUGUGAAGCCAACCAGCAACAUCGGAUUAUAUGCUUUGCUUCACCUCGAGAAAAUGUAUGAAAGAAGCGGAUUUCGAAGUCACUUUCAUGCGGCACGCUAUGACUUCCAUCUCCCGACAACCAUAGCCUGUUUCCCUGAAAUACUGGAGAAAAUUUCCGUAGAAGUCAAAGCUAUAGAGGACGUAGAACUUGAGGAUUUAUUCCUGUACGACACGAAUGUAUUCGGCUUCGAACGUCACGCAUUCUUAACGAAAUGGCUCUGCUCAUCAAGUAGUCACGGAUAUGUGGCCGUCAACCGUGCAGGUUCCAUUGUGGGUUACAUUUCUGCCCGACCGACUUUUCUCAAAGAGGAUGGUUACAGAAUAGGACCUCUGUUUGCGGAUUCUAAAGCCAUUGCAGAGAAGCUUCUAAAAGCAUUGUUCGAGAAGCUUCUUCAUCAAGAGAAAGCUGCCCCAUUGGUUUGCAUGGAUGCCCCAUCAAAGCUGGGGAUGGAACUUGGAGAAGAGCUUCAGGGAAGAAAGGUGUUUGAUCUGGUGUAUAUGCUGACAAAGGGUCUCCCUAAUACAUGUUUUGAAAAGCAGUUUGGUGUAACCGCAGUUGAACUUGGAUGAGUUAAAAAGGUACUCAGCACCAAGUUGUAGCUUCGUUUUUCUCCAUUAGCUAUUCACAAUCAUCAGUAUUCUUCCAUAAAAUUUAGAAUGUUUUAAUAUGAUUUGCCGGGAAAAAUAAAGCAGAACUAUGGUCCAAAUUGGUAGAUUUUUUAAAUUUCCAUUGUAAGAGAUGCUUUCAUUAAUUAAUGCUGAAUUUAAAUAAAGAGUUAUGCACUUCUCACUUAUGACAAGGUGGGGGUUCUUAAGUGUAUAGUUUGAAACAUAGCAUGUGUAUUUCGCUUUCUACAACAUUUUCUGGUCAAAUAACAAGCUUGAGAGUGAUUCAACUUGUCUUGUGAUUGUUUCAACCGGCAUAUUGAUUUUGUUACGGGAAAUUUUACUGAUUUUUCCGUGUGUUUGUU